AUGCAUAACAUCAGCAUCAAAAUCAUGUACACUCACUUGUAUCCCCUUUUGAAUAGCGCCGCUGCAUCAGGUGCCCAAGCCGACGCCCUAGACAUCAGUUACCGCCUAUGCUCUGACUAUAUCAGUUCAUUCCUGCUAGGCUACGGUAAUGGAACGGCCUACCUGUCCAAAGAACAAAGUUUCAUUGACGAGUGGCGGUUUCACUAUGAUAAUUAUUCAUGUAAUGAAUGCUUCUUUCCGCAGGAAAUUCCAUUGCUGUACAACCUAUUGAAAACUGUAGGCAUCGAUCUGCUUCCCCGUUCAUACUGGGCAUCGAAAAAAUUCCUUGAAACCUGGCUACGAAAUAUGGAAUCAAAAGCAGACAAAACUAUACUUCAGAGGGAAGAGAUGGGGAAGCCAAUCCCGCCGGAAAAUCAACCAGUUGUCUACGAGGCCAUUAAGUUGGCUGUCGAGAAAGACUCUCCACACUUAGACGAACAAGCCAAGCAGGCGGAAAUUGGGAGCGAGAUGUUCGAUCAUAUUUGUCUCGUCCUCAGUUAUACCUUUUGGUAUCUGGCUCAAAAUCCACACGCGCAACGUCGAAUUCGCGAAGAAAUCAUUGAAGCAGGAAUUGACUUGACAAGUGCUCCAAAACUGGCAGACUAUUCGACUAACCUGUCCAAUGCACUACCCGUGGCCUUGGGAAAACUCGAAUUCCUUGAAGCCGUCAUUCAUGAGUCUCUACGGAUGCGCCCCACUAGCACUCCGCUGCCUCGUAUUACACCCUCGGACCGAGCUGUCUCUAUUGCAGGAAUAGAUAAUAUUCCUCCAAACACCAGAGUGAACGCAUUCCAGUGCCAUGAGGUAUAUCCUUGCCGUCACCUGUUUCAAUUUUGA